AUGAAGCUACUAGGGUUAUAUAUAUUUUAUUUGUUGCCCUUUUUUAUUAUUUGCUCUGAAUUGGAAGAUUAUCAAAAAAUAAAAAAUAUAGUGAAUGAAAUUGAUGAAUGUUCAGAAGAAGAUGUUGAAUUUAUGAACAAUUAUGUUAAUAAAAUGUAUUGGGUAUGGACUAAUAAUUUUUUCCGUUAUUUAAAAUUGAAGGCUUAUAUUUAUGAAAAUGAUAUAGUUUAUGACCAAAUAAUAAAAAUGGAAAAUAUUAUACAAUUAUUAACAGAUAAUUUUAUUGUCUAUAAAAAUAAAGAGGAAUUUAUUAGAAUUGCUUUAACUAUAUUAUCAAAUGAGAAACAUUUAAAAAAUGUAAUAAUCACAUAUGUUCCUAGAAAUAAAAUCAAAUUUUUUCAAGAUCUAACCGAACAAGAAAUUAUAAACCUAUUUAUAGAUGAAAAAAAUAAUGUAAUAAACUCAUUUAAUAAUAUACAAAAAAUGAGAGAAUUUCGUGAUGUUGCCAAUUCAAAAUAUUAUUAUCAUAAAAAAUUGUUGGAAAAUAAAUCGGAGCAAAAAAUUGAUGAUGCAUUAGUUCCUGAAAAAAAAGAAAAUCAAAAUGAUGAAAUAAAUAACAAUGGAAAUAAUAAACAAACAAAGAAUGCCAUCACAUUUUCUAUGAAUGAUAUAUUGGCAAUUAAACCUAUGAAUUUUGAUUUUUAUGACAGAAACAAAUGGAGUACUUAUUUUUAUUUUAUCAAUGAUGAAGAGCGUGUAUUAAUAGAAAAUGAUUCAGGUAAUAACAUUCCCAAUACAAAUCCUGCUUAA